GGGCUGGGGAGCGCCGGCGCAGUCGCGCGCGGGCGGCGGUGCGGCAGCCACCAUGUCGCGGGAGUUCGAGCUGUGCCCCGGGCGCCGCGUGGGCGGCGAGCAGCCGUGCUUCAUCAUCGCGGAGAUCGGGCAGAACCACCAGGGCGACCUGGCCACCGCCAAGCGUAUGAUCCGCAUGGCCAAGGACUGCGGAGCAGACUGUGCUAAGUUCCAGAAGAGCGAACUGGAGUACAAAUUCAACAAGAAAGCCUUAGAAAGGCCCUAUACCUCUGAACACUCCUGGGGAAAGACCUAUGGGGAGCACAAGCGCCACCUGGAGUUUAGUCAUGACCAAUAUAGAGACCUAAAGAAAUAUGCAGAGGAGAUUGGAAUUUUCUUCACAGCUUCUGGCAUGGAUGAGAUGGCUGUGGAAUUCCUACAUGAACUGGAUGUUCCAUUUUUCAAAGUAGGAUCAGGAGACACAAACAAUUUUCCAUAUUUGGAAAAGACUGCAAAGAAAGGUCGCCCAAUGGUGAUUUCCAGUGGGAUGCAGUCGAUGAACACAAUGCAUAAGGUUUAUCAGAUCGUGAAGCCCAUCAAUCCAAACUUUUGCUUCCUGCAAUGCACCAGUGCAUACCCGCUUCAGCCAGAGGAUGUCAAUCUCCGUGUUAUAUCGGCGUAUCAGUCAGCUUUUCCUGAUAUCCCCAUUGGCUAUUCGGGGCAUGAAACUGGCAUAGCCAUUUCAGUGGCAGCUGUUGCUAUGGGUGCUAAAGUAGUGGAACGCCAUGUGACUCUUGACAAAACAUGGAAAGGAAGUGACCACCAAGCAUCCCUGGAGCCAAAUGAACUGGCGGAGUUAGUGAAAGCCAUCCGUACUGUGGAAAAAGCAAUGGGUUCUCCAGUCAAACAACUCUUGCCCUGUGAAAUGGCUUGCAAUGAAAAGCUGGGCAAGUCUGUUGUGGCAAAAGUGACAAUUCCUGAAGGUGCAGUACUGACACUUGACAUGCUGACAGUGAAGGUGGGAGAGCCUAAGGGAUUUCCCCCAGAAGCCAUCUUCGAUCUGGUGGGCCAGAAGGUUAAAAAAAAUAUCGAAGAAGAUGAAACCAUCACUGAGCAAGCAGUGGAAAAUCACGUCAAAAACAUGAAGUGCUAAACUGAAGCAUUCCAUUCCAUAUUUCAUGAUAUAGUACUGCACUUCUACACAACAUACUUAAGUAUAGCGGCAUGGUAGUUUAGAAGAAAGGGGUGUGAUUAUGAGGAUCCAAGCAAGUUAGGUUUUCAGGUUCUCAUUAGCAGAAAGUUUCUGAAGCAAGUGGAUAUAAAUUAUGAAGAGCUAUAUAUUAGCUAUAUACUAUUAGAAAUUGUAUAGCAUUGUGUCUAGAAAAUACCGUGCUCCUUCUUUCUCCAUUCCACUUAACCUAGAUUAAUUUGGAGUUUUGCCCAAUCUAAGACCACAGGCAUCUGCUUUCCAGCUUCCCUUUUCUGGUAAGAAUACAGUAAAUCACAAUAAUUUUGUCUACACUUUGAAUGGUUCUAACCCUGUAUCUUUUGAUGUUCCUCUCUUUUCUGCUGUUUUCCUCACUCCUAUGAUAACAGGAUGCUAGUUGGAGUUGAAUGCAGAUAAGUCAAAGUUCACAUACACUGAACAGAAAACUACACAUGCAACCUGAUGGAUUUUUCUCAAGAUUAAAUCCUUAAGAUAAGAAGUCUCAAGAUAAAGCAGUGGGUUGCAGAAUCUGCACUGUGGGGAAAAUGAGCUCCUUGAGAAAGCUAGGUUCUCAAGAGACAGUACCAAGAAAGGAAGCAAACUGGGUAUGUAGAAAGGUCCCAUUUAAGGGACAAGAGAAAGAGCCUUUUUGUGAACUGAAAGGCAAGAGGGCAAGCCAGACAGAUUAAGGGGUGAAAGUAGAUCUGAGAUGGAUCAGUGGAAGUAAACUUAACCUAUGCUUCAAAAAAAAUGUCAAAAGCAUCUAUUGUGAGCUGAGUGAAGCCUAGGAUCUUAAAUCAAUUCUGGAGUGCAUUUAAGAUACCUGUAUUUGUACCUGGGGGCAACUUCUUAGGUAGGAAGCCAAAUGCUGGUGAAGAUUCAGCAGCUUUCUUCCUGUACUAACAAGCAAAUACAUUGGGAUGGUUUUUUUCCCCUGACACUAGUGUUUGAGGCAGCCGAGUUGUCUAGAUCACAUCACUAUGUUUCAGCAUGAUGGUCAGUGCUUGUCUUGUGUGCUCCGCUCUUGCACCACAGCUUCUCAAUUGUCAAGUAAGAAAUGCAAUCCCACUCCUGUCAGCCUGCUGCUCUUCCCUUUGUCCAGGAGGGAGCCAUGUGGCAGCAGCUGCAAACAGGUAUCCCUCAAUUAGCUUGGUGAGCACAGAACUGCUUUGGUGUUACUGAUCUGCAUUUUUCUGUGGUGCAGUCACAUACCAGUGAUGGUUAUUUGGAACUUGCUACCUCUUGGUCAUGAGUUGGUGAAGUAUCUUGAAUUUGGUGGUGGUGUUUCUGUACCUGUGCUCUGUUUAGUUCCAAAAUGUUUACCAUUCUGCAAUUCUGAGGAAACUAUUUGUAUCUUCAACUGGGAAGCAGAUUCUUUGAACCAUGUGCUUGACCAUGUAUGAGCUCUGACUGAUGCAGUAUGCUUGCCUUACAUUAAAAAACUACUUAAUUGUUAAAAGAUUUUUUUUUUUUUAUUUCAAAUCUGAAGAAUAAAUUUAGCUUAUAAAACAA